UGCGUAACGUGACGUAUCUGGUGGGCGGGGCUACGUGAACAGGAAGACUGAUGUAACGUUUGUUGUGGUAGAACGACGCGCAGUGGGAGAAAUGGAGGAAAACGUUCAGGAUUAUAAGCUCAUAUUUGAGAAAGAAGGCGUGUACCUCCACACGAACGCCAAGAGGACCAACCAGGACACGUCCAUCCCGGGCUUCAUCCGCAUCGUCGAGCGGGCUGGGAUCGCAGCUCUGGAAUGGAGUCCUCUGCCGGAUGAGGGUCGGACUGCUCCUGCGGUCCUCUACACCAAAAAGGACGGGGAGGCGGGGGAAGAGGAAACCCAUUUCGACCCCGGUUAUGAACCGGACUGGGCUGUCAUCAGCACCGUAGCGAAGGAUCGUGAGCCCGUCCCGAUGCAGGACGCUGGUCAGUGGGCUUUCUCCCUUCCCCUGUCAGAGCUGUACUCCCUCCGGAGGGCCCGCUUCUCUUUGGGUCGAAACUUCAUCGUCCUGACGAGCCGAGGCAGCCACCCGCUGCCCCCUCUGCACUUCCACAGGGGGGGGACCCGGGAGCUGCUGCGGGCCAUGCACCGUUACAUCGUUCUGGACCAGUCACCCGUGGAUGGGCGGCUCUUCCUCGCCUACCCGCGGGACUCGGAUGCCCUCCCCCAGGCCUUCGACAAGCUGCAGCUCUUUGAAGAUGGAGGCUCCGAUCUCGUCUCGAGGUUCAUCCAGGACCCGUAUGCCACCACAUUUGGGGGAUUCUCCAAAGUUACAAACUUCUUCAGGGCAGCGAUUCGUCCCCCAGAAUCCUCCAUGCACCCCCGCUCCGCCCAGGAUCCCAGUCUGCCGUCCCAGCCGGACGACGAGCCCGGGUUUGAGCUCAUCACCUGCGGCAUGGAGCUCGGCCCCAGACCAGAGGUCACCCGGGGACGACCUCUGGACAAGUGGGAGGACUUCCUGGACCCAGAAGGACGAGUGAAGAAUCCAGAGAAAGUCAAAGAGCUGGUGUUCAGAGGGGGCGUCACUCCACCUUUAAGGAAGGAAGUGUGGAAGUUCCUUCUGGGGUUUUUCCCGUGGAACAGCACGACGAACGAGAGAGAGGACAUCCUAAGAGUCAAAACGGACGAGUACUUCCGGAUGAAGGUGCAGUGGAAGUCGGUGAGCGAGGAGCAGGAGAUGAGGAACUCGCUGCUCAGAGGAUACCGCAGUCUGAUAGAGAGAGACGUGAACCGGACAGACAGACACAACACGUUCUUCUCGGGGAACGACAACCCAGGACUGACGCUGCUCCACGACGUGCUGAUGACGUACUGCAUGUACAACUUUGAUCUGGGGUACGUCCAGGGGAUGAGCGACCUCCUGGCUCCCAUCCUGUUCGUCACUCAGAACGAGGUGGAGUCUUUCUGGUGUCUGACGGGCUUCAUGAACCUGGUCCAUCAGAACUUUGAGGAGUCUCAGGAGGCCAUGAAGCAGCAGCUCCUUCAGCUCCGAGUCCUGCUCAAAGCCUUAGACCCAGAACUUUGUGACUAUCUGGACUCGCAGGACAGCGGCUCUCUCUGCUUCUGCUUCCGCUGGCUGCUCAUCUGGUUCAAGAGAGAGUUCUCCUUCGAGGACAUCCUCACCUUGUGGGAGGUCCUCUGGACUUGCCUCCCGUGUGAGAACUUCCACCUGCUGAUCGCCUGCUCCAUCCUCCAAUCGCAGCGCGGCGAGCUGAUCGGCUCCAACCACGACUUCAACACUAUUCUGAAGCACAUAAACGAGCUGACGAUGAAGCUCCACCUGCAGAACAUUCUGUGCGACUCUGAAGCCAUCUACCUGCAGCUGGUUCAGUGCAAGGAGCUUCCCGUCCAGGUGCAGCAGGUUCUGGGUCUCUGUGACCCGUCCAGCUCGGAGGAGAACAGCUCAGAGUCUCAGAGCAGCGAGGCGCCGCCCGUCCUCAGCCAAUCACAAGCAGGAGCAGCUCCUUCUGGCUCUCACGGCCCCACCUAUCCUUAGAUCUGCAGAUCCGCUGGAGGACUGACAGAAAUAUUUGGACAAACGUGUUUCGGUCUGCAUGCAAUGUUUUAGGAAAUGUUCCUCCAUAUUCUGGCAAUAAUCUUAAAUUUGGGAAGUUUCAGUUUCCAGGUUUUCUGAACGUGUUUUUCUUCUAUCUUCCACACGGCCACUUUCUCCUUUGAUUAAAGGAGUAGAUUUAAUUUGUUUUACUCAGAUUUUAUUAUAAAUAUUAAUGCAAAAAGAUAUUAAAUCCUAAUUUAUCAGAACUUUUUUAGUUUUUCAUGGACACUACAAACUAAAUGUGUCAGAAUUUGAGCAAAAAGUUUGAUUUUUUUUUCUUUUCUUUGUUAAAGUAGCUUCAAAAUUGUGAUUGAAUUGGUUAAAGUUGAAGAGUUUCUUCACUUGACUGAGUUUGAAGUCUGUUUUAACAAAAUCCGUUUCCUUAGAAAUUCUUUUAGGAAUUCUGGAAAACUGUUCCUAAAGUCACUUCUAAAUAUUGUAAGAAGAAAGGAAGAGGAACAAAUGGAAACUUAACACUUUGACUCUCACUGGAAGGAGUUUCCUCUAUUUAACGGUUGUUGUUACUGUCUGUUGGAGGCAGGGGGCGCUGUUGAAGUCCUCAAAGUGUUGAAGUCACUCCAGCGAGACCUGCAGACCUCCGAGGGGUGUCUUCAGUCUGGAUGGGUCAGCAUUACAGUGUUUUUUGUGAAUAAUCCUGCUUUUUCUCUACGUUUUUGCCUUUUCGUGCACGCCCCGCCUCCACCUCGGUUCUCCUCGAUGCUGCUACUCUGUCGUUGAACUCCUGGGUCGUCGUCUUCAAAGGGAAAGAGCUAAACGGCGCCAAUCCAGGCCUAUGCAAGCGUUUGGCAUGAAUCAUGCAUAGAAGAAGUACUUUAUGUCAUGCCUUGUAAUUUGUAAUCUGCAUUAUGUGUAACAUUUUCAUCUGUGAACUACUGCCAAAUAAAGGGUUUCAUCUAAAACAGGG